CUGGGUGAUAGAAUAGCCUCAGUCAGUGGCUGGCUGUGUCCUAGCUUGAAGCUUCUUGAUAUGGCUAGAUUGCUGAAUCUCUGCUUCCUUCUCCAAAGCUUUGUCUUCUCCUUAAGCCAGUUGCAAGGUCCGCCAGGAGAACCUGGGCCACGGGGCCCCCCAGGUCCACCCGGCGUGCCAGGAGCAGACGGCAUUGAUGGCGAUAAAGGUCCACCCGGUGCAGCAGGUGUUCCUGGGGCCAAAGGAGCUCCAGGCCUGCCAGGACCAGAUGGAGCCCCAGGAAAACCCGGAAUAGAUGGCCUCACGGGAGCUAAAGGAGAGCCAGGCCGUGUUGGAAGACUAGGUCCCAAAGGCCAGUCUGGACUUCCUGGACCACCGGGGCUUCCAGGACCUGGAUUUCCAGGACCUCCUGGCCCCCCAGGUCAAGUUGGACUUCCUGGAGAAAUGGGACCUUUGGGACUUAAGGGGGAACGUGGACCAGAUGGACCACAAGGGCCUCCAGGACCUCCUGGAAAACCAGGCCCAAUUGGUCGUAUCCAAGGAGCCGAAGGCAGUGCUGAUUUUGUGUGUCCAACCAACUGCCCACCUGGACUCAAGGGACCUCCGGGUUUACAGGGGUUGAAGGGACACAGAGGUCGAGCAGGAGCCUCUGGAGAGCCUGGAAGACAAGGCCGGCUGGGUCCAAAGGGUGACGUGGGCCUGUCUGGAGAACAAGGCAUUCAGGGUCCUCCUGGCCCAGAAGGUCCCAGGGGGCAUCCAGGAAUGGCAGGACCAAAAGGAGAGAUGGGUCCUCAAGGUUACAAAGGCAUGACUGGGAGCAUUGGAGCUGUUGGUCCCCUGGGUGAAGAUGGUCCCAAGGGGCCCCCAGGACAAGUUGGAGAGAAGGGAGAAAUUGGUCCCCGUGGUUUCAGUGGUGCUGAGGGCGAAAUGGGCCCCAAAGGAACACGGGGUCUUCCUGGGAUUGAUGGCAAAGAUGGAUUUCCUGGCGUUCCUGGGGUGAAGGGAAGUGUGGGUCAACCAGGCCUUCCAGGGCCUUUGGGACACAGAGGAGUGGCUGGUUUGCCAGGCACUCCUGGGAGCAAAGGUGGUCCUGGAGAGAAGGGCGAACCAGGAACCCGCGGCCCGUCAGGUUUACCUGGGCCAUCUGGAAAAAUUGGAGAGCCGGGUCCACCGGGAGCAGUGGGUCUUCGAGGCAUUGCUGGUGUGAAAGGAGAUCGGGGCGAGAGGGGGUCUACGGGACCUCCAGGUCCACAGGGAAAAGUGGGCCCUAAAGGAGACCAGGGGACCCCUGGAAUUCCAGGGCCACAGGGACUCCCAGGAGUUAAAGGCAGCAAGGGCUUCCCGGGAAGAAGUGGAUCCAAAGGCAGCAUCGGGAAUCCUGGUGUUGAAGGCCUUUCUGGAGGAAAGGGGCAGAAGGGUGAAUUGGGGGAACCUGGACCAAAGGGGCAGCCAGGCAUCCGUGGGGAGCCUGGUUUUCCUGGACCUCCUGGAGACAUCGGAGCACCUGGAGUCAGAGGUUUCCCAGGACCUCCUGGCCCUCGAGGACCUAAUGGGGAACGUGGUGUACCUGGAAUGCCUGGGUUGCGAGGUGCCCCGGGCAGGGACACUGGAGAUCAGCAUAUUGUUGAUGUCGUGAUCAAGAUGCUACAAGAACAACUGGCCGAGUUAGCUGUGAGUGCGAAAAGAGAAACUUUGGGUGGAAGCGGCAUGAUGGGACCACCCGGCCCUCCAGGGCCUCCUGGACCACCUGGCUCCCAAGGCCCCCACGGACAUCCUGGUUCCCGUGGUCUUCCAGGAAUCCUAGGAGCUGUUGGACAGAUAGGCAACACUGGACCCAAAGGAAAGAGGGGUGAGAAAGGAGACCAGGGAGAACCUGGCCGUGGACAUCAAGGGAUGCCAGGGCCUCCAGGCAUACCAGGUCCCCCUGGUCAACCUGGUCAAGCUCUCAAUGGCAAACAUGGAGAGCGAGGUGUUCCAGGUGCUCCAGGAGAAGCAGGACGUGCUGGUUUACCUGGGCCUUCUGGCCUCCCUGGGUUUUGCGAGGCAGUCGUCUGCCUUGGGGCCUCUGCCUCAGCUCAGCUAACUGAAGUCGGUUCUGUCAAAGGACCUUCGUACUGAAUGCUGUCAAGGGAAAGGGCUCCAGGGUUGACAUCGCUGAUUCGUCAGAAGCUUCACUUCUCAGAAGCAUUAAGCAACAAACACACCAGGACUGGGCCCAAAGAGAUGUGAAAGCCACAAACCCAAAACCUCUUGACUGAUGAGAAACCUUUGCUUGGAUCUCAGCAGCCACGCAUAUGUAGUCGCCUUUGUUGGUGAGAAGACACUUGGACAUUCUGAGUGGCGCCAAAUAGAGAUACAUGCAAACAUUGCUGGCAUCUUAGAUCAAGCUUGAGUUUCUCAUUGAAGGGUUGCUUCUUUUUUAUUGAUAAGAAAUCAUACAAUCCCUCCCCUAACCCCCCAAAAAAUGUAUAUGCUAUUUUGAGGAAAUGAGGGAAAAUUCUCAUUUUGGGCCCCAAUAAUUUUUUUGAGGUAGAGUUCCACAUGGUAGCUUUUUUUUUUUUUUAUGUUUAUGGGGUCCUUGGUGCUCCCUGAGCUUGGUUGUUUUCUUGCAGACGUUUCAUUACCCAUCUAGGUAACACCAUCAGUUCUAGAAGGGACUAGGGCAAACCCUACUCUCUUCUAGCACCAAAGAUGUUACUAAGUUUGGUAAUGAAACAUCCUUAAGAAAACAACCAAGCCCAAAAAACACCAAGGAACCCGCAGUUCAGCCUUGAAAUAGCCUCUUCUAAAGUUUUUAAUCUGUUCAGAUAUUUAUAUGAUCUAUGGACUAUGUGGGAGAAAUUCAAAAUUCAGACAGAAAAAAAAAAAUCCUUCAAAAAUUGUAUUAUUCUUGUUAUGUCCGUGAGUUUUUUUAAAAAUCACUUGAGGUUUACUUCUUACAAACACAUAGUAAAAUAUGUUACAAGAUGUCUCCUUAAGCAAAAUCUCAUGAGUGAAUUGAGAUAAUUCUUGAUUUACUGCCUCCCCCUCCAUACUCCCAUCAUUUCAGCUGCUUUUGUACCAAGUGUCUAAUUUCUUAACGUUUUGGCCAAUUAUAUAUUAUUAUAUCAAGUUGGUUGAUGGGAUUGAUCUGUCCAAAUUAAUUGCAUUUUUAAUUACAACAUUAUCCUUUUUGAUAUCCCUUUUUAUUAUAGUUAUUAUUUAAUGAUAUACAAUACUCAGUCUGAGUCAUCUUCCCAAAGUUGUAAAUCUUUGUAAAAUAAGGGUUUUUAAAGUAAAUGCUAAUUAAAAAAUAUUUUUUUCUCCACGAAAGAAAACAAACAACAUGAAGAAUGAAUAUCAAUGAACCUAACAGUUGUGUCCGAUUCUCUUGAUUUAACAGGCUUGUAAAACAGUUAUUCUUCACUAAUUAUUCUUGUAAGUUGAUUAAUCAUCUUCAUGAAAAAAAAUUGGAUCUUGAUAUUA